CAGCACGAGUGAAUAAAAUACACAGUUGCAAAUAAUAAACAAAUUGUAGGUUGUGUUUUGUGUACGGCGGGCUAUAGCACACGAGAAAGCAUAAAAUGUGUUAAAAGCUCGCUUGUUCCUGGAGGUUAAAUUUUUUCUUGGUCCGCACAUCGCACAAUCUGGAAUUCAUAUUUGCCACAACAGAGACAGGUGAAUGAAAAUAGCCUCCGUCCAGCUCAACAUGGGCUGAGCAUAGCUGUCAUCAAAGAUCACGUUGUGUAAACCUUAGUUCUAGUCAACUCGUCGAGACAUCCAACUGAUGUCGUUUACAAAUAUGAAUAGAAUUAAUUACGCACAAGAGACUCGAAACGAUAUUGGAUAACAAAUGGAUGAAUACUUUAAAAAGCACAAUAUUUCCUUGCUGAUAUGUAAGGGAACAAGUCCAGGACGUUAUCCAAAGAUGCUAGCAGCACAACUCGAAUAAGAAGAAUAAUUUACCUCAUUUAUACACAAAAACUCAAGCACCAUGCAGUACAGUGUUACGGGCAGUGAGGAGCGUAUUACGAAUAGUCCACGGUCUGCACAAAAAUCGAGCAGUUCGCUGUUUGGUUUACUGAGCAAACGUCCCAGCAAAGUGGAACCACAUCCCGUGACGCCGGAAUCUCCCAGCGUACAGCGACGACCUGCGUCAGCGUUGGGUCAAUACGAUGUGAGUUUCGCAAAAUGCACAGUCGAGCAGGGCAACAAUCACAAGAGUCAAACGUUGCCCGCCAACUCGGCUGCGGGACACUCGGAUGUCACACAGGUGCUUGAGAAAUCGCACAGUGGCUUAAUUAGCUUCCAUAGACGCGGUAAUCCGACGUACAAGAACAAAGCGCACACUCAUCGUUACAGCGCCGAUGCGGGAUCACAAAGUGAUGGGGGAACUGUGGUCGUAAUGCGUCGAAAGUCACCCAAGCCACGUUCACCGAAUCACAACAGAUUCAGUCAUCAGUUUAGUCUGUGCUGCAAAGCAGAAAAGAAACCAAUGACGCCUCCAGUUACUGUGCGCUACAAUUCCAUACCCGACGCCGUUGUCAAUGCCAGCAAUCUGCUCCGACGCGACAACCUUUCGCUUAGUUGGAGCAUGAUGGAUAAUUCGGGGUCGUUGCACUCGCACUCUAGUGAAGGCGCCACUUCCUAUAAGCUGCCGUCCACCCAGCGUCCCCGUCCAUCGAGCGAAUGCGCCAGCGCUCCAGAGUCGCCAGUGGCAAGUAAAACGUUCUUUCCCCAAUAUGAGGCAAGUGGCACGAGUUCCACACAUCAUUCGCACUGCUCUCCAUCCAAUUCAUCGGGCAGAAGCGACACAGUGCAUCGGGCGCCAAUUCGACCCAUUGCUGUCUCCGCCUGCCGUUCACGUUUGCGGCUUAAACUGUAUCCGCCUGGUCAGGAGUUGCCGCCUUUACAUGUAGAUGAGAGUGCGGAGACACUGAAGCGUGCCACAACACCACAGCACAUGUCCUCGCCGAACAUUGCCACGCAACCGGAUGCGUUCGAUGCUACCAUACAGGAUCCGUCUGGUGUGCGGUUCAUGUCCCACGAAAACAUGACGCUGAAUCGCCAAGGCUCCAGCACAAACUUGGCACGCCAGACCCUGAUGGCAGCUCAGGCAUUGAAUCUCAUCCCGGCUGAGAAGGCUCGGGAACGCAGCUUUCUAGAUGGACGACUGGGUUCAUCCUCUUUGCUCGGACCGAGUGAACUGAGUCGAGUGCUGCCCCAGAAAGAGGUUACCAUUUUCGUGGGCACCUGGAACAUGAAUGGACACAGUCCGCCCAAACAAUUGAACGACUUUGUUUUACCGCCAAAUGUGGAGCAUGUUCCUGACUUGGUCGUUGUGGGCACGCAGGAGUCAAGUCCGGAUCGCUUUGAGUGGGAAGUGACGCUGCAGGAGACGUUAGGGCCAUCCCAUGUGCUUUUUCACUCCACAACGCUCGGCACACUCCACCUGGCUGUCUACAUGCGUCGCGAUCUGAUUUGGUAUUGCUCCGCGCCAGAGGAUGCCUCGAUGUCGGUGCGCACCGGUUCGGCAUUUCGUACCAAAGGCGCUGUGGCCAUUUCCUUUUGUCUGUUUGGCACCUCCAUGCUGUUUGUAACCUCCCAUCUGACUGCACAUCAGCAAAAGGUGAAGGAGCGUGUGUCGGAUGUAAAACGCAUUAUAAACGCACUAGAUCUUCCCAAAAAUCUGCCCAAUUUGCGGCACAAGAAUAAGGAUGUGACGCAGAAUUUUGAUAAUGUUUUCUGGUGUGGCGAUCUCAACUUUCGGCUGGGCGAACCACGAGAAAAGCUAUUGGAGUGGAUACAGAAUACGAAAUUUCCGUUACCCUCGCAUUUACCACAUGGCUACAUGCACACGGAUCAAUUAUCCUCAGUGCUGGCCGAUGGCGCCGCCUUCCGUGGUUUUAUGGAGGCGAAUAUAACAUUUCCUCCCACUUAUAAGUAUGAUCCUGGCAGUCAGAACUUUGAUACGUCUUCUAAGCAGCGUGCUCCGGCAUACACGGAUCGGAUACUUUAUAAAUAUCGUCAGAUGCAGGGCUUGGUAAUACGUCGACAGAGCGCUGUGCCGGGUAUUUCGACUCCAACUCAGCCCUAUGUGCAGUGUUUGCUCUAUGACUCUGUGCCAUCUAUAACCACGUCGGAUCACAAGCCCGUCUGGGCAUUGUUUCGUACGCUUAUACGCGCGGGCUCCGAUGCUAUCCCUCUGGCGGCAGGACUUUUUAGUCGUGAUAUCUAUUUGGAGGGGAUGCGUCGUCGUCUAAAUAAUCAAUAUCAAGGCGCCUCCGCUGUAUGUGCCAUACAGUAAAAAGUCGAUAAAGGAGCUGCUUGCAGUCUAGCUUAUAAAUAGUAUAAAUACUAUAGUUCAGUCAGUCUUUAAAAGUGCUAGUCAUAUUAACUCUACCAAAGCGGCUUAUAAACUAUACCAAUGCUUUACCACGGUUGUGUGUGGCCUUUGUAAUACUCUGUUUAAAGUAGUUAGUUAGCCAUUAAUCUCAGUAGUCUCAAAUAUAUGUAGAUAUAUAGUUGGUUAGGUGCUGCCUAUUGCCUUGAGGCCUUAAUGUAAACGUUCCUUACAAACUAGAGGCGAAGUUAAACGAAUGAAUGUAUUCUUUAAGCCCAAAGAAUUAGUGUUUAGGUAAACUGAAUCUAUUUAUUAUUAAAGCUCCAAAGAAUUAGUGUUUAGGUUAAAUAAAUCUAUUAGCUAAUAUUCUAGUGCAAAUAUAUGAACGAAGUUGAAA